AAUAAUCAAUAUUUAAUACUGAAAAGGGAAAAAAAAACUAAUUUUUGGUUAAUAAAUGUAACGAAGGAAGGAAACCUAUGUCUUGGAACCCAAAGAAAAAGCUUCCGAAUUCUCUGAACUCUUUAUUAUAAUGGCUACUCUAAAGCAAAGCAACAACAAAGAAAACAGCAACACCACCAAGGUUAUGAGAGGCCGCCAGAAGAUUCAGAUAAAGAAACUUGAAGACGAAAGCAGCCGCCAAGUCACUUUCUCCAAGCGCCGCAAUGGUUUGUUCAAGAAAGCCAGUGAGUUUUGCGUUUUAUGUCGUGCAAACAUAGGCAUCAUCGCCUUCUCUCCCAAAGGAAAACCUUUUUGCUUUGGCCAUCCUAACGUCGACAUUAUGUUGGAUCGUUGUCUUAGAGGAAACCCUACUUUGCAUGUUCAGGAUGGCGGCGAUUCAGCCGCAAGUGGCAUCACCCUAUGUUUCGUAGAGUUCAAUGAGGAGUUCCAGGAGGCAUGGGAGAAGCUACAGGAAGAGAAGAAUCGAAUUAAAGAGAUUGAACAAGAGAAGGAAGAGAGGAAAAACGAGGGAGAGUUUUGGUGGGAUGAGCCUAUCGAUAAUAUGGGGGUACAGGAACUUGAGGAGUACGUUAAAGCCAUGGAAGAGUCGAGGAAUAAUGAAUUGACGGGGGAUGGCUUUGAAGCGGCUACCGUGGCUAAUGCUGGUGGUUUGGGGAACGGUUUCACUAAUCAAAAUGGUGGGUUUGGCUCCGCAGGAGGCUCUGGUUCUGCUUACGGUUAUUUUGGUCUAGAUUUUGGAGGUAGUGGACGGAUUUGAAAAUGGUGGCCAUGGUUUUUUUUUUUUUUCUUUUUUCAU